AUGGUCCUGCAGCAACAAUACAGGGAGAGAAACUUUGCUAGAUUCUCAGAAUUGGUCACUGUCCUGUUGCUCGCUGAAAAGAACAACGACCUACUUUUGAGGAAUGAUCAAGCAAGGCCCACCGGUACCAGAGGAGUUCCUUUGCCUGAAGCAAAUGUUAUUGCCCAUCACGAAAAUAACCGCGCAAGGAGAAACUGGGGUCGUGGAAGGGGAAGGAGGCCUGAAUGUCCGAGACAUGGAAGGAGAAAUGGGCCCAGAAAUGGCCCAUAUGACCGUGACCACCAAGGCACUGACCAUUGGUCCCGCACCUGCAGUGCAACAAAUGAAGAGAUAGGAGAGUAUCACGCCAGACGCGGAACUCGAGAGGCCAACCUUGUGGAAGGGUCAGUUCUUAUGGAUACCACCUUGGAGAUUACUGAUUUCCAAGCAGCUAAUGGGUACAUCGAGGAUUGA